AUGGGUCUUCUCGAUAGAGUCGAGGCCUUCUUUGAGGGCGAACCCAACGUUGAAAAACACUCUCACUCACACGCGGGCUAUCAGUGCGAUGAUCUUCACGCUGAACAUGCUGCCAACCGGUUUCAGUCUUUUGCAGCCCCUUCUUCGGGCAACAUCAAGUGGUUCGUUGAUGGCGCCUCUUACUUUUGGGCAGUAUCUGAAGCUCUUCAACGCGCCCAGGAGAGUAUCUAUAUUCUCGAUUGGUGGCUGAGCCCCGAGCUGUAUCUUCGCCGCCCCCCUUCUCGCAACGAGCAGUAUCGCCUUGAUGCCAUGCUUCAAGCUGCCGCCGAACGUGGAGUCCAAGUCAAUGUUAUUGUGUACAAGGAAGUUGAGGCUGCCCUCACUCUUGAUUCUGCGCACACCAAACAUGCUCUUGAGAAGCUGCACCCUAAUAUCAAAGUUUUCCGACAUCCUGACCAUGUUCCUACUGGAUACGAUCUGACUUCAGAAAUUGGCAACUCAUUCAAAGGCUUAACCAACUUUGACUUGGCCACUGUAUCUAAAGACGCACUCAAGGCGAUUUAUGGCGCGGCGGACGAUGUUGUCCUCUACUGGGCUCACCAUGAAAAGCUUCUUGUCAUCGACCAUGACCUUGUAUUCAUGGGAGGCCUCGAUCUUUGCUUCGGGCGAUGGGAUACCAACUCCCAUCCUAUCGCCGAUGCUCAUCCUGGAAACUUGGACAACAUCAUCUUCCCUGGCCAGGACUAUAACAACGCUCGAAUUUUUGACUUUGCUGACGUUGGCAACUGGGAUCAGAACAAAUUGGAUCGAACCAAGAGCUCGAGAAUGGGUUGGUCAGACGUGGCUCUGUCCAUGAAUGGCCCAAUUGUGUCUGAUCUUGUAGCCCAUUUUGUUGACAGAUGGAACUACUUAUACGACGCAAAAUACAACGACAAAGAUCCUGGAAAGUAUGAAAAGCUCAGGCUAGGCGGAAGCUACCGUCCUUCGCACCAAACAUAUGAACAAGAGGGAUCGGGACGAGAAGAAUAUGGGCGGCAGGAGGGCGAAGGGCGGAGCCGUGGCGUGCUCCAUCGCUUCGCAGAACACCUAUCUGAGGAAAUGGGAAAUCUUGGCCUCUCCGAAGGCCAUCGACGCAGCCAGCGAGAGGGACUUCAAGAUGGCCAGCGAGAGUAUCGCUCUGAUGAAUAUGAGCACCAUGACAGGACUUCUCACGCACGCGGGGGCUCAGGCGCUACUCGCAUUCAGCUUACACGAAGUUGCACCAAGUGGUCAUCCGGCCACCCAACGGAGCAUUCGAUCGCGAACGCUUAUGUAAGUGCGAUAACGAAUGCUAGGCACUUUGUGUAUAUCGAGAAUCAGUUCUUCAUCACAGCUACAAGUGAUGAACAGCGCCCCGUCUCCAACAAGAUCGGCGCAGCUAUUGUGGACCGUAUCGUUCGAGCGUAUGAAGAAGGUCAGCCCUUCAAGGUGUGGGUGGUGAUGCCCUCUGUCCCCGCCUUUGCGGGAGACUUGAAGUCGAAGGAGGCUCUUGGAACAAGGGCCAUUAUGGAAUACCAGUACAACUCCAUCAGCCGAGGUGGCCAUUCCAUUAUCCAAAAGCUUGUUGCUGCCGGCAUUCAAAAUCCUAGGGAGUACAUUGGUUUUUACAACCUUCGAAACUAUGACAGGAUCAACACGUCUCGAACCAUGCGACAGGUCGAGUCCCAGUCCGGAGUCAGGUAUGAAGACGCGCGACGAUAUCACGACGACUAUGUCAACGAAGAGCGUUAUGGCCAAGACGACGAAGAUUCUCAAUACUAUGAUAGAUACCAGCGCCAGGCUCAAUCCGUCAAGGAUGACACUCUGGAUACCGUGAGUGCCGCCUACAUGAAACACGGUCCCAAUAUCGCCGAUAUCCCAUGGGAUGGCGAGCCCGAGGACGAGUUCGACGCCUUCGUCAGCGAGCAGCUCUACAUUCAUACCAAGCUUCUCAUUGCCGAUGACCGUCUUGUUAUCUGCGGCUCUGCCAACUUGAACGAUCGCUCGCAGCUCGGAACCCACGACUCUGAGAUUGCGGUGGUGAUCGAGGGCCCUCAAUCCGUUGAUUCGUACAUGAAUGGCGAGCAGUACGCAGCAAGCGAAUUUGCCGCCUCUCUCCGAAGACAAAUCUUCCGCAAACAUCUCGGUUUGCUCCCGGACCAGAGAUGGGACCAGCCAAACCGAAACUGGCUGCCGGUAACCGACGCACCCAACGACUACGACUGGGGUUCCUCUGCCGACCGGCUCGUGGAGGACCCCCUGAGCCCUGACUUCCUGCAGCUCUGGGAGGAUACGGCCGCCACCAAUACCGAAGUGUUCAGCCGGGCGUUCCACCCUGUUCCUGACGAUAAAGUUCGCAACUGGGACGAUUACGAUCAGUUCUUCUCAAAGUACUUCACCAUCCCCAGUGCCAAGGAGAACGAGGAGAAAGACGACGACGACAACGAUGGAAAAGUGCCUUACGGACACGUCGUUCGCGAGGAAUUCCCUGGUGGCGUGCAAGAGCUAAAGGAAUGGCUCAGCCGCGUCCGUGGCAACCUCAUUGAGAUGCCUUUGCAGUUUUUGAUUGAGGUUGAAGAGAUUGCCAAGGAGGGUCUGACGCUGAACGGCCUGACGGAUGAGCUCUACACUUGA